AUGACCAUCGAGAGCAAACCGCCGCCGGCGCGUCGUCCCAUGCAGAUGGAGGCGGCCGCCGACAGCACAAAGACGGUCGCACAGCAGCCGCCCAUGGAGCCCCGCCCCGCGGCGACAGUCGACGCGUCGCAGGCCAGCCUGCGCGGCGGCAAUCUGAGUCUGGGGUGCCACUGCUGCCACGGCAGCUGUUCGUUUUACAAGUCGUGCUGUUGA